UUCUUCCUUCUACUUAAAGAAAAUUCCUUUUUUCUUUCUCUUUUUUAUUUUUUUGUAUUUUAAUUCAAAUCUUUCUUCGAUACGCACCAUGAGAAGGAAGCUGCAGAGUUCGUGUUGACGUCAUCAGUAUCAUUCUCAUAAUCGUAUGCAACUUGUUAGUUGAGAUUAAUGCAUUAAUGCCAUUGUGAAUACGAGAGAGAGUGUUCUAAUCAGAUGUGUUUAGUUGCAUCGUAUUUUGGAAUUUAAACGUCGAGACAAUUGGAGAUGGUGAAAAUGAUGAGCCUGAUGCAAAGGAAUUUAUGGUUGAUGGUCUUCUAUUUCCUUUUCCCGAGGAACGAAGCUUAUCAAAGGAAGGAUGGGAACAAGGAUGGUUCCAAAUUGAUAAGGAUUAAUGGCGAUAUCAUUCUUGGUGGAAUAUUUCCAAUGCACGAACAGAUAUGGGCGAGAACACGCAGUGCUGGAACAAUCGGUGAAUCACCCUGUGGUGCAGUUAAAGAAGAAAAAGGUGUUCAACGAUUGGAAGCAAUGUUAUACGCAUUGGACGAGAUCAAUAAUGAUUUCGAACUUUUACCUAAUUCAACAUUAGGUGCAUUGAUAUUAGAUUCGUGCAGCAGCGAAACAUAUGCUCUUGAUCAGAGUAUGGAAUUUAUGAGAUCUUACAUGAAUCAGGAUAUUUCGGAAUAUAAAUGUGAAGAUAAUAAACCACCGAUAUACAUGCCACACAAACCAGUAACCGGAGUAAUAGGAGCAUCAUUCAGUGUAGUUUCCAUCAUGGUAGCUAAUAUUCUAAGACUUUUCAAGAUACCUCAAGUGAGCUAUGCGUCAACAAGUACUGAAUUAUCCGACAAAAGUCGUUUCGAAUAUUUCAGUAGAGUCGUACCACCAGACAGUUUUCAAGCUCAGGCCAUGGUCGAGGUGAUACAUCGUCUAGGAUGGAAAUAUGUUUCCACAGUUGCCGUCGAAGGCGAUUAUGGUGAAAAGGGUAUAGCAAGUUUUAUAUCGUUAUCCAUGGAAUACAACAUUUGCGUAGCUGUAAGCGAAAAAAUCUUACGAAAUUCAAAAACGGAAGACUUUGAUAGGAUCGUCGAGAGAUUAAGCGCAAAACACAAUGCUCGAGGAGUCGUAUUGUUCGUUGAUGAGGAUAAUAUAAAAAAACUUCUUCAAGCUACGGUGAGAGCCAAUCGUACGGGUCAUUUCAUGUGGGUUGGUAGUGACUCCUGGGGUGCUAAAGUUUAUCCGGUUCGAGAUCAAGAAUUUGCUGCAGAGGGUGCUAUUACUAUACUACCCUUUAGGACUGCCCUUCAAGGUUUUGACGAAUAUUAUUUGAAUCUUCGUCCAAGAAUGGCUAAUGAAUGUCAAGGACAGACUGAAAGUAAUGUACCACAUGAAUCAUUGCCUGGAAAGAUAGUAAAUUGUAGGAAUAUAUGGUUCCGUGAAUUCUGGUCGCAACAUCAUAAAUGCACUUUUAGUAAAAAUGCUUCUACCGAGAAAACGACGAUAUGUACCGGUACUGAAGAACUUAAAGAUUACGAGCAAGAAGGGCUAGUACCUUUCGUUGUCGAUGCUGUGUAUGCAAUGGCUCACGGGGUUCACAACGUGAUAGAAGAAGAAUGCGUAAAUGAAUUUCCUGGAAUGCAUUAUGUUUGCGAAGCUUUGAAACCUGCACCCGAUGGCCAACAACUUCUGCAAUAUAUUCGAAACGUUACCUUCAUUGGUCGUCAAGGUACAGAAAUUAAAUUUAAUACCAACGGCGACGCCUAUGGGUUUUAUAAUAUUUAUCAAUAUCAACGUAACGAAGAGAAUCGUUUCGAUUACACUCUGAUUGGAACCUGGAAAGAGGAAUUGGCUUUUGAUAUCAAUAUGACCAGAUGGGCAACGGGAGCUGGUGAAUUGCAUGUACCAAGAAGUUCAUGUAGCGAUAAUUGUCCCUUAGGUCAUGUGAGAAAUUUCCAGGAGGCAUGUUGUUGGAGAUGUGUAGCUUGUAGAGAAGAUGCUUACGUGUUUAACGAUACCUGCAGCAGCUGUGGACCUGGUUAUGCACCCGAUGAAACAAAAACAAGUUGUAUUAAACUAACAGCCGAAGUUAUAUCAUGGACUAGUCCUUGGGCAUUAGUACCACUUGUGUUCGCAUCCAUUGGAAUUCUCAGUACACUUUUCACUACCUUUGUAUUUAUUCGAUUCAAUCGUACACCAGUGAUCAUGGCUUCAGGUCGUGAAUUAUGCUACGUAUUACUCGUCGGUAUUUUAUCUUGUUAUGGAAUGAGUUUCGUUAUACUGAGCAAACCGACAACAUGGAAUUGCACGUACCUUCGUAUUGGUCUAGGACUAUGUUUGAGCAUUUGUUACAGCGCUAUACUUACUAAAACUAAUCGUAUAUCACGUAUAUUCAAUCAAGGUACUAAAAGUAUCAAAAGACCAUCCUAUACUUCGCCGAAGAGUCAAGUUGUUAUUGCUAUCGGGAUCACUGCAGUCCAACUGAUCGGUGCCAUAGUUUGGCUAAUUAUUGAACCACCUGACACAACAGAGAUCCAUCCAUAUCCGUUAUCAGCUGUAUUGACGUGUCGUGUCUCGACGUUCUCAUUAAUGAUGUCUCUAGUGUACAAUAUGUUCCUAAUAUUGAUGUGUACAUUGUACGCAUUUAAAACAAGAAAAAUACCGGAGAAUUUUAACGAAGCUAAGUACAUUGGUUUUACCAUGUACUCGACUUGCAUAGUCUGGCUAGCAUUUGUUCCAAUAUAUUUUGGAUCGAAAAACGAUUACAAGGUUCAAAUAGCAAGCAUGUGUAUGUGUAUCAACAUCUCAGCAUCCGUUGCACUUGGUUGUUUGUUCACACCUAAGGUUUAUCUUGUAUUAUUUCAACCGUACAAGAACGUUAGACCUGGUCCUCACCCAGGAGGUGUACACAGUGCUAACAGACAAACAUUCAUGACACGAUUUUCCGGUGCAAGAAGUCAAACGAUGCAAAGUAUGACCUCGGGUUCACGUAGCAGUCCACUCCCAUCGCGUGCAUCUCGAAGUGAGCAAAAACAUGCAAAUGGUGAAACUCAAGCACUUGCAAGCCCGUCAGUCGAAGAAGCAGCAUCAGUUAGCUAGGUCAUUCUCAUACACCUCCCACCUUGUCCAGAGCAUCAGCAAAAGUUGCAUGAGACCGAGGUGGAGGUGUAUGUCGAUGAGGAAAUCACUAAAAAAACAGAAAAACUCUCGAUCGUUAGUGAAGUAUCCGAGUCACCAGAUGUGCCGAGUUCUGACGAGGAGGAGGAAGAGGAGGAUAACUGUUGUGAUCUUGAACAGACAACAACACCGAUCAACAGUAUCUCCGAAAAAAUAGACGUUUCAACGAAAUUGAACGAGGAAACUCCUGUUGGAUUUAUCUACAGUGCAUCACCAACCUUCUCCGAAUUUUCAUCAUAGUGAUCGACGACGUUUAAAUCGUUUCUAAACUUUCAUCGAUUUAUAUGAUUACGAUUAUGAUAUCUAUAUACUCGAGUAGAAAUUUUUUUACUACUCUUGAGUAAAAAAAAAAAAAUUAAAAAAAAAAAUAAAA